UCUACAACAAAACAGAAAGAUAUAUUAGAAAAAAAUUAAACUGGAAUCGAUAAAUGAAAUUGAAGCAUUUCGGGUGAGAUUAAAUAUAUAUCGGGUUAUCCACAUCGAAAACGGUUAGCCACAAGCACCAACAAGAUUCCAAAUCGACAGUGGUAAAAGACUGCACACCAAAAUGAAUAAGCGACAACAUCUUGGCCAUGAUGGCGAAGGCUUUCGGCGGGCUAAUAUUUGAUCACUGUUAUUAUCACUCGAUACUAAACAACCAAAGCAUAGAGAAGAAGAAAGACGAAAUUUAUAUUCGAAUCAAGCGUCCAGUGAUUGAUUAUUAAUCUGGUAUUUUUUGAUCCUGACAAAUUAGAAAUCGAUACACAGUAUCCAAAUAAAAGAGAGGAAAAACAAAUGCAAAUAUCCACUGACACAAACAUACACAUACACACAUAGGUACACAGACACUCACACACACACAUACACACACACGGACUCACGAACUCAAGAAAGACUAAAGUAAUAAAUAAGUGCAAAAAUAAUAAAUAGAACCGAACAAAUAGAAAAUAAGGAAGAGAUAUAAAUCAACACUGGAAUUGGUAGGUCCACAUAAAUUAUGAUAAUCUUGAAAUAUUAAACUGGUUAUUAGUUCUUGUCUAGUUUAUUUUUGCAUUCGUCACCAUAGUGGAAAGUACGACAGCGAAGAAGUCACUGACGAAAUAACAUUUCACGAUAUUUAGGAGAAACAACACGAUUAGGUUGCAGUCGGUCUGAUAUUCGGGAUUGUACAAAUUAAACAGAUGUUGUGUCAUAAUCUGCCAUAUUUUCUUUAAGGCUACCAGUAACAGAUUACACUACAACAUUCUUUGAGUCCUUCAGACUACAGCUGCAUCAACAGGAUGACGCAGAUUUAUAUGUGGAUUUUACCAUUAUUUACUUAUCUCAUCUUACCCAAAGGAAGUCUUCAGAGUGCCGAGGAACGGAGGCUACUGGAAACACUUUUUGCUUCCUACAACCCUCUUGAACGUCCCGUUGCCAACCAUACAGACACUCUAUUGGUUCUUUUUGGAAUUACGUUACAACAGAUCAUCGAUGUUGAUGAGAAAAACCAGAACCUUGCAUCAAAUCUCUGGUUAAAUAUAAAAUGGAACGAUACAAAUUUGGUUUGGAACCCCGAAGACUUUGGAAAUAUCACGCUUAUUCGAUUGCCGCCGAAAAAAUUAUGGAAACCUGAUAUAUUAAUGUACAACAGUGCUAACGAAGUGUUUGAUGCCACAUACCCGACAAACGUUCUGGUCUCUUACAAUGGAUUUUGUCACUGGGUACCUCCUGGUAUGUUCAAGAGUACAUGUCAGAUUGACAUCGCCUGGUUUCCCUUUGAUGAUCAGAAGUGUACACUCAAAUUUGGUUCGUGGACCCACGAUGGGCGUUACCUUGAUCUUCAGCUUGAUGGAGACGGUAACGGAGAUACGUCAAGUUUUAUAAGAAAUGGAGAAUGGAAGUUAAUAGCUGUCCCCGGCUCGCGUAACGUUGUUAAAUACGAUUGUUGUCCACAAAUUUACUUGGAUGCAACUUAUACAAUUCAUAUUCGUCGUCGAACUCUAUAUUAUGGCUUCAACAUCAUCAUACCGUGUGUGCUUAUUUCUGCACUGUCUCUGUUAUUAUUUAUCCUUCCACCGGACGCUGGAGAGAAAAUAUCAUUAGGAGUAACAAUCCUUCUGUCUCUCAUGGUGUUCUUAUUACUGGUAGCCGAGACAAUGCCUCCCACGUCUGAUGCUGUGCCACUCAUAGGUGUAUAUUUUGCUUGUAUAAUGGUUACGUGUUCGGUUUCUGUGGUCCUAACAGUAUGGGUACUGAACUACCACCAUCGAAGUCCAGAAACGCACACAAUGCCCGAUUGGGUGAGAAAAGGCAUCUGUGGGUGGUUGGCCUGUGUUCUUCGUAUGAGUCGACCUGGAGUAGAGCGUUUGCGCCCCUUGAAGAAACACACCGUCCAGAACUGUCGUGCUCAAGAACUACGAUUGAUCGAAAAGUCAACACGAAGCUUGCUAGCCAACACCGUGGACAUUGAAGAUGAUUUUAAACAUGACAGUAACCCGAACGGUGGCGUCAAACCACCACUCCCGGUUAUCACCGACGCUUCUGGGCGCGGAGAGUUAAUAACAAUACUUAAAGAAGUUCAGAAAAUAACGAAGAAAUACAAAGACGACGAAGAUGACGAAGAGAUCAAAGGCGAUUGGAAAUUUGCAGCUAUGGUCAUUGAUCGUCUGUGCUUUAUCAUUUGUGGUCUAUUCACCAUGCUGUCCACUAUUAUAAUACUUACGUCCGCACCACACGUCUUUGCAUAGACGGACUGCCAACUUGUGGUGGAAAAAAAAAAAAAGAAUUAACAACUCUUUGUAGAUAUUGUGACGAACUGAACAAUAGAUAGAAAGGAACAUUUUAAACAUUUCACCGGUAUAAUAAUAAAAAAGAAAGAAGUAUGCAUUUGUAUGCGAGAAGGAGAGAGAGAAAGAGAGGAAGAAAGAAAGAUAGGCGAAAAGAAAUGAAGAAAGAACAAAAGCGAGUUAGAAAGAAGUAAUGCAGAAUGACGGGAAAAGAGAAAU